ACUCGGCCCUGUUGUUGAGUUUGUUAUGACAAGUCGAGGCCUCGGACUGAAUUAGGAGUGAAGCCCCCCGUCUCUGUCCGGGCGAAUCCGUGAUGGAAGGCAUGGACCUGGACCUGGACCUGGACCAGGAGCUCAUGCAGAAAUUCAGCUGCUUGGGUACAACAGACAAAGACAUCUUGAUAUCGGAAUUUCAGAGGCUCCUCGGGUUCCAGCUCAACCCCGCCGGAUGCGCCUUCUUCCUGGACAUGACCAACUGGAAUUUACAAGCAGCCAUCGGAGCCUACUACGACUUUGAGAGUCCGAACAUCAGUGCGCCGUGCAUGUCCUUUGUGAGCGACGUGACGAUUGGUGAGGGCGAAUCAGUUCCACCGGACACGACUUUCACAAAGACCUGGAGAGUACAGAACAUGGGUGCAGAGUCGUGGCCUCCGGGGGUUUCUCUGAAGUACGUCAGCGGAGAUCAGUUUGGUCACGUGAACAUGGUGAUGGUGCGGUCUCUAGACCCUCAAGGCAUGGCCGAUGUUAGUGUGCAGAUGCAGAGCCCCGCGUCUCCCGGCAUGUACCAGGGCCAGUGGAGAAUGUGCACAGCCACCGGACUUUACUUCGGAGACGUCAUCUGGGUGAUCCUGAGCGUGGAGGUCGGAGGCCUCCUCGGCGUCACGCAGCAGCUGUCCUCUUUUCAAGGGGAGUUCAACACCCAGCCUCACCGCAGCAUGGAGGAAGACUACAACCCGUUCGCCUCGCCGGAGAAGAACAAGUGCCCCAACGGCAACAACAACAGCCUCCGCGAUGCCGGCGGCCACAGGGUCGCAGAGGAACAUUGGCAGGGGAGCCCCAACCAGCUGCAGCAAGAUCGGAACGGACUUUCACACACCUCUGUGGACUUAGUAGCAAAUAGUCUACAAAGCAAUCUGUCAGUAGUCUCUUAUAACCAGGCUAUCCAGGAGCCCUUUCCGUUCGGGCACUCCUAAAUGGAGGGACUUGUCGCCGCGAAGCAGCACCGAACCUCCGGAGCUCUCGUCACGCCAGCGAGAGAAAGCGGCUGGUUUCGAGAGCGUGGCGAUUCGAAAAACUCUUUAUGCAAAACCCGGCUCGUCUUUGAGAAGAACCAGAGGCCGACGUGCAGCUCAACCAACAUCCCACGAACCCACUGUAUGCACGCGUGAAUGCUAAGUUAAACUAAAUGAGUGCUAUGAGUCUUCUUCUUCUUUUCUUCGAGUGGUGACUUUUUUUUCCUUUUUUCUGAUUUUCCGUUGGAUUUCUUUUUGUUUGUUGUCGGAGUGCAAAUGAACCGGGGGAGGGAGGGGAGGAGGGGGGUGUAUUUGUGAACAAUUGUGUGUGUGUGUGUGUGUGUGUGUGUGUGUGUGUGUGUGUGUGUGUGUGUGUGUGUGUGUGUGUGUGUGUGUGUGUGUGUGUGUGUGUGUGUGUGUGUGUGUGUGUGUGUGUGUGUGUGUGUGUGUGUGUGUGUGUGUGUGUGUGUGUGUGUGCAUUGUGAAACCUGAAAGAGAGACUUUGGAGGAAAAGCCAUUUAUUUUGCCAACUGAUUCUCCAGUUUCUGCUCUGACUCUUGGUCUGUCGAUGGGGUUUCUGCACCCGUUCCCUGUAACUAAAUCUCAUACAACCGGCCUCUCUGAAGCAAACCAUUCAUAUACUUUUUUUUAAUAUUAACUUUUUAAACAAAAGGGGGACGGCCACAUCCUUUUAGAAGUAUAUAUUUUGCUCGUAUACAUGGCUCCUGCAUUAUGGGCCAUCAUUUCUAUGCUGUCGUCGUAGCACCAGCAAUUAAAAAAAAAACGCGUGUCAAAUGUUCUGCCCUGGAGGGAGUCGGACUUAACUCAUAACACAAGAUAUGAUCAGCACUGAUAAGCAUAACUCAUUUAUUUUGGCUCCUAUUAUUUGUUAAGGUUUAGUCUUCAAAAUUGUACAGAAACUUUUUUUCCUUCUCUAAAGCUUUGCGAUCUGGAGCCAACAUGCUGAAUAGAGUCAUUGGUUUUCAUAUAUACACAUCUAUGAAAUAUUACAAGAAUAUUAGCAGAGUAUUCAUUAUUAGUAAUAACGCAGUAUUAGAGAUUUCCCCACUUAUUGUCGGAAGCUAAGAGUUAGUUUUCUUUUACAUGCUUGCAUUAGAAUAAAGCAUCGCAGGACGAACGCACACCCUGACGUAAGGCAUUGAAUUCAAGCCAUACGAGCAGCGGUAAAACAAAGAAACAAAUUAAACAUGGUUCGAACAUAAAUGUUCUUUUUCAUUUUAGAGCGGUCUUGGAGUUGCUUUAAUCCUAUUAAGUUGAAUGUAUCUAAUGAAUGUAGAAGAGGAUAAUGUUUAUUCAUUUACCCAAAGAUUCGACGUUGUGUAUUUGCAUCGAACUGGCAGUUUUAUUUAUGUAAUUAUUGUUCUGAAUAUUUCUGUCUAUUGUUAAAAAAAAUUGCUUGGAAUGCUCCA